AGUACAGUGAACUAUGAGAGAAGUAAUCUCAAUCCACGUGGGGCAGGCGGGAGUUCAAAUCGGAAACGCUUGCUGGGAGCUUUACUGCUUGGAGCACGGAAUUCUCCCAGAUGGGACAUCGAUGGAGCCCGACGGGAACUCCGGCUCUCUGGGCACUUUUUUCUCGGACACUGGAUACGGUAGACACGUGCCACGCUCGAUUUUUGUGGAUUUGGAGCCAACUGUUGUCGACGAAAUCCGCACGGGAGCCUAUAAAAAGUUGUUCCACCCAGAGCAAAUGCUCACUGGCAAAGAGGACGCCGCAAAUAACUACGCCCGUGGCCACUAUACAGUGGGUAAAGAGAUCAUCGACACUACUCUGGACAGAAUCAGAAGACUCGCGAAUAACUGCGAAGGAUUACAAGGAUUCUUUGUGUUCCAUUCAUUUGGUGGAGGUACUGGCAGUGGAUUUACCUCUAUGCUUAUGGAGAGACUCUCCGCGGAGUACGGCAAAAAGAGCAAGCUCGAAUUUUCGAUCUACCCGGCUCCACAGAUCUCCACCUCUGUCGUAGAGCCCUAUAACUCAAUUCUGACAACUCACACCACUUUGGAGCACUCAGAUUGCUCAUUUAUGGUUGAUAACGAGGCGAUUUAUGAUAUCUGCCGGAGGAAUUUGCGGGUCUCGCGGCCAACGUACAAUAAUUUGAAUCGAAUUAUUUCUCAGGUAGUCUCCUCCAUCACGGCAUCUCUACGCUUUGACGGUGCUCUCAACGUGGAUUUAAACGAAUUUCAAACCAAUCUGGUCCCCUACCCGAGAAUCCACUUCCCCCUUGUCGCCUACAAUCCACUGAUCUCUUCAGCCCACCACGAGUUCCUAUCAGUUGAUGAGAUAACGAAAAGCUGCUUUGAAGCCUCAAAUCAAAUGGUAAAAUGUGACCCGAAGCACGGGAAGUAUAUGGCUGUAUGUUUACUGUAUCGUGGAGACGUUGUGCCGAAGGAUGUGUCGGCUGCGAUAAAAUCGAUCAAAACUCAGAGAUCCGUGCAGUUUGUGGACUGGUGUCCGACUGGGUUUAAAGUUGGAUUGAACUAUCAGCCGCCUACAGUAAUCCCGGGUGGGGAUAUGGCAAAGGUUCCACGGGCGGUAUGUAUGUUGUCGAAUACUACGGCAAUUGCGGAGGCGUGGCAGAGAUUGGACUAUAAGUUUGAUUUGAUGUAUGCCAAGAGAGCUUUUGUGCAUUGGUACGUUGGCGAGGGAAUGGAGGAAGGCGAGUUCUCCGAGGCACGUGAAGAUCUGGCUGCUUUGGAGAAGGAUUAUGAGGAGGUUGGCGCGGAUUCCGAUGCUAAUGAUAAUGGGGAUGAUGAGUAUUGAAAAAUAAAACUUUUUAUUGGAAAGCUAUUAGGUGAUUAUUGAUUAUGUACAAAUUAACUGACAAAAGAUAGAUUAAAGCAUUU